AUGUCCGUAGCAAUCGAUUCCAUUAAGGUUUAUAUAAACCAAUUUAUUCAUAAUUUCGACUAUGUCGACGCUGUCUUUCUUGCUGAACGUUUAUACGCUGAAGUAAAAAACGAUGAAUCGACUUAUUUAUUAGCACGUACUUAUUAUUUGAGUGGUGAUGUGAAUAAAUCUUAUUGGCUAUUGCGGAAUUCUUCAAUAGAACACUUGCCAGUCGCCAAACUGCUUUUAGCAAAAUGUUGCUUCGAUACAGAUAAAUUGCAUGAAGCUGAAUCAGUACUAAUUGGAAAUUGCUCAUCGAUAAAUACACUAGCACUAGAUGACUUCGUCAUUGAUCAUAAUGAUCAAGCAGCUUUUGCGUUGCAAUUACUUGCAAAAGUUUGCGAAAAAUCCGAUCGUCAUCAAAAAGCAAGCGAAUGUUAUCGAAAAUCUUUGAAACUCAAUCCAUUUCUAUGGUCAUCCUUUGAAGCUCUUUGCCGUUUGGGCGAACGCGUUGAUACAAGUAUAUUUUGCUCCUCAGCUAUAAAAUCCAAUCGAACAAUCUCAGAAGCCAAUCAACCGCAAAUAUGUGUGACACCAUAUACUGAACAAAUAAAAGAUAUUCAAAGUGAAAAUCAAGCUAUCGAUAAUUCGAUGAAUACAAGUACAAAUCAAGCAAUCAAAGAACGGCAACAACCACGCAUAUUACAGGCACCAGCAACCGUAAUGAAACUAACUGAUUCUAUACUCAAUGUUGGUUCAGCAAAUAUUUCCGCUCUGAUUACGUCAACACCCAUCGCUUUACUUGCUGAACAACUACAAGAUAACGAUAAAUAUACUCCGCCAACUAUUAAACCACCAGAUUACAUUCCUUCCUUACGCAAUCCUCCAUUAGCACCCAAAAGACAGAAUACUCGAAAUGUACAACAGUACGGAUUCGAUGACACAGCCGCAUCCGGAUCGACGGCGACACUUAUACAUAGACAUGAACUGGCCUCGACCUCACUAAGUGAUACUCGAAAAACGAUUGGCACACGAAAGGAAAACAAAUCCACUCGCGCGCCAACAAAACGUACAACACGUUUAACAAAAACCACCAGUCGUCCACCAUGUGCAGAUAUGAGUAUAACCACACCAGCAACUCCAGCUGAAUCACCAAACAAAAUGACAACUAGAUCUCAGGUGCGAUCGAAUAAUUCAAGUUUAAAUUGUGCCAUCGAUAGUGAAUUUGUUGGUAAACGCGACCGACAAAGAAAAAGUCAAUCAAGUCAACAUCAACGUACGCCAGAAAUUGUUGAAAAUAUUAUCAACGUAUUCAAAUUACUUGGUCAAGGUCUUCAACAUUUAUCUCAAUUUGAAUGUCGACAAGCAAUCGAAUUAUUUGAAUCGAUAUCACUGAAACACCUCGACACACCAUGGGUUCUGUCCCAUUUAGCUAACUGUUAUUACCAUUUACAUGAUUACCAGAAGUCCGCAUUGAUCUAUCGAGAAUUACGUACAAAGUAUCCAUAUCACAUCGAUGGACUAGAAUAUUAUAGUACAGUUCUAUGGCAUUUGAAAGACGAUAUUGCAUUGGCAACAUUAGCACAUGAAUUAACUGAAACAGAUCGUAAACAUCCAGCUAGUUGGUGUGCAUCUGGCAAUUGUCUUAGUUUGAAUCAUGAGUACGACAAAGCUAUUCAAGCAUUCAAACGUGCUAUACAACUAGCGCCUGAGUCGGAUUAUGCAUAUACACUGCUGGGUAAUGAAUAUUCACUUAUCGAUGAACUGGAACGUGCUAUGGCAUGUUUUCGAAAGGCGAUUCAAUUGAAUCCACGGAGUUACAAAGCUUGGAAUGGUGUAGCGAUGGUUUAUUUAAAACAGGAAAAAUUUCAAUCAGCUGAAUUUCAUUUCACAAAAGCAAAAAGCAUCUUUCGAACGAAUCCUGAUCUUAUCUGUCAUUUAGCAGUGGCUCAACACAAAUGUGGUCGAUCUGAAAGUGCACUAACAUUACUGAACGAUGCGCUGAUAAUUGAUUCCAAAAAUGCUCUAUGUAAAUUUCAUAAAGCUGGUCUAUUAUUACAUCUUGAGCGAUAUCAAGAAGCAUUGACAGAACUAGAAGAAUUACGACAAAUCGCACCGAAAGAAUCGCUUGUUUAUUAUCUACUUAGUAAAGUUCAUCGGCAUUUGAAGAAUUUUCAUUAUUCCUACAUGUACAUGUCAUGGAGUAUGGACCUCGAUCCGAAAGGUGCCAAUAAUCAACUAAAAGAGAAUGCCGAUAAAUUUUAUUCGAAAGACGAAGAUCUCCUUCUCGGCAUGGAAGACAUGGCCUCUUCAGUAACAGAUGACGAUAACAGUCAAAUGCAAUCGCAAAGUUCUCUACAAGAUAUCCAACCGAUGGACUCAAGCGAAGAAAUUCUUUGA